AUGGCUACUACUGCCCCUGCUGCGGAGCCUCGGGUUAAGCCCACCAGGCCCGAUGAGGAGGCCUACAAGGCCAGUCUGGCCCAGGCCGAGAAGGAGCACACUGCUGCUCAGGAGAAGCUGAACGAGAUCAAGGCCAAGUUGGACAACGCCAAGCCCAACAACCAGGACUCCCCCGUCGUUAAGAAGCAGCAAGAACUCCGCGCCGAGCUCUCCUCCAUCCGUCAGAAACAAUCCGGCUUCAAGUCCUCGCGUACCAGCAUCCAAGAGAAGAUCAAUGCUCUGGAGUCCACCCUGAAGGCCCGCAUUGCGGAGCAGAACAACUCGCGCGGAAAGAUGUCAUUCAAGAACGUCGAGGAGAUCGACCGGGAGAUCGCCCGCCUCGAGAAGCAGGUCGACUCUGGUACUCUGCGAUUGGUUGACGAGCGUAAGGCUCUGUCUGAUAUCUCUAUGCUCCGCAAGCAGCGCAAGGGCUUUGCCGGUUUGGAUGAGGCCCAGAAGGGUAUCAACGAGCUCAAGGCGCAGAUUUCUGAGCUCAAGAAGACUCUUGACAACCCCGAGGCCAAGGCUCUCGGUGAGAAGUAUGGCGAGAUCCAGAAGGAGCUGGAUGCCAUCAAGGCCGAGCAGGACAGCGUCUACAAGAACCUGAACGCUCUCCGCGACGAGCGCACCAAGCUGCGCAACGACCAGCAGGCGAAGUACACCGCGAUCCGCGAGAUCAAGGACACCUACUUCAAGGCUCGCCGUGCCCACAAGGAGUACGAAGAUGAGGCCCACCGCCAGCGCCGUGAGCGCCAGAAGGCUGAGCGCGAUGCCUUUGAGCGUGAGAAGCGCAAGAAGGUUGCCGACAAGAAGCUCGAGGAGGCCUCUCAGCUGGCCUACACCGACGAGAUCAUCACCGCCCAGGGUCUCAUUCGCCACUUCGACCCCGCUUACAACUUUGCGGCUCUUGGUCUUGAUGAGAAGAAGGAUGAGGGUGGCGCCUUCCGUGCCGGUGUUGGCCGUACUGUCGAUGACUCUGGCAUCAAGGGUAUGAAGGUUGUCCGCAAGGAUGAGGAGGACUACUUCAUCGGCUCUGCCGGUAAGAAGGGCAAGAAGGGCAAGAAGGCCGCUCCUGAGGCCACCAAGUUCAACAUGAACGUUGGUAUCAUCGAGGAGUUCGGCAAGAUCAAGAUCGACCCUCCCAUGAACCAGUCCGAUGUCCCUGCUGUUAUUGAGAAGCUGGCUGCUAAGAUCACUGAGUGGAAGAGCACUCAGGCUAGCAAGACCGAGGAGAACAUCAAGAAGGCCAAGGAGGAGAUCGCCCGCCUGGAAGAAGAGGAGGCUAAGGUUGAGAAGCCUAACGGUCGUAGCACUGAUGCCGCCAAGAAGCCCGCUCAGGCCAAUGGUGCCCCUACAGCUGAGGCCGAGUUGUCUCAGGAGCAGGAUGCUGCCGCCGAUGCUGCCGAGGAGCUGGAGAAGGCUUCUUUGGAAGAGCAAGCAUAA